GAUUUUUGAUAUUAAAUUAAAUAAGAUGAUAACACGAAUACCGCAAAAGCUUCAACUACAAAAUUAAGAAACUUAUUCAGUGUCUUGAUAAACUGUUUAUAUGCUGAUGACAGCCAUAACCAAACAUUCGUGGAUGCUCGGAUGUCAAUAUUUGCUGUAGGUACUAAAAUUUGUGAAAUACCUACAAUCGUUGUAAAGUGACUGUUUAAAAACGCUAUGGGUGCCGGACCAAGUCAUGGUGAAUUGGCUGAUAAUGAUUGUCUUUUAAGACUAGCAGGUGAAUUAGAAAUUACUAUUGAUGAUCCGUUUUGGGAUACAUUCUUAACAUUCUCACUGAACCCACCAAUAUCUAGCCAAGAUGAUAAAAUGUUAACAGACCGUCUUAAAAGCAUUUGUGAUUCAUUAGUGAUAAAUAAUAGAAAUACAUCCAAUUUUAAAACACUGAUUAGAUUAUUACUCCAAAAAACAAAUAUUCAACAAUUAGAAAUGAAUGAAAAUAAUAUUUUGAGAUUUCAAAUAUUUAAUGGAUUAUUUAUUGCUCGAUACUUUUUAAAGUAUCUUGUUCAAAAUACAAAGGAAAUAGAACUUAUUAAUCAAUUUGAAUUACAAACAGAUUUGUUUGUUGAAACUUCAAAAAAUUAUUUUCUAAUUGAUGGGAUUGAAGUUGCAUUGGGUGACAGAAAAGAGUAUGCAGUCCCUGAUGACAUUAAUGAAACAACAUCAUUCAAAUUUAUAUCACUUUUAGUUAAAAUUGUAUCUGAAUUAAAAGUUAAUGAUUUCACCUAUUCAAUUCAUGUAGAAAGUCUUAACUGUAUAUUAAUAUUUCUCUCUACUCAAAUGUAUACGAUACAACCAUCAAGUAGUCUAAUUAUUUACAAAAUAUUUAUGGAAAAUAUUGAUCCUAUAAUACUGUCAAAAGCUCUAUUACAAAAAUAUAUCGAACAGAAUAAAGGUCCUGAUAUUUCUGGGGGCAGUAUAAUUUUUGGAUUGGCUUCCAAUAUAUGGAAUAUUUUAACACUUAGUUCAAACAAUCCUACUAAUACAAAUCAAAGUCCUUUAAGCUCUUUAUCUAUUAGUGUGUUAUUAGUAUUGGUAAAUCACUGUACAUCACCACCUCCUCCAAAAGGUAACCCAUACCGAAGUUGUAUUUCAUCAUUAUCGGAAAAUUUGAUUACUUUGUACAAGUUUUUAGGAGAUAAUCCUGAUGCCCCCCUAAGUGAAGAGAAAACUCUUCUCUUAUAUCAUCUUAUACAUUGCAAUAAUAAUUUCAAGUCAUUUUUAUUAGCACGUACGGAUAUAGAAGUUAUAUUAAUUCCAUUAUUGAGGACAAUAUAUAAUACACAAACUAGUAGAUUUCAACACAUGUAUAUGGCUUUGAUUGUACUUUUAAUAUUAACUGAAGAUCAGCUAUUCAACAAAACAGUUCAUAGCAUUAUACUGAAAAGCAUUACAUGGUAUCAAGAAAGAAUGGUGUCAGAAAUAUCUUUAGGUGGCCUUAUUAUUUUAGUAACUACUCGAACUGCUCAAUUUAACCUUUUAAAAAUGAGAGAUAAAUAUCUUCACAUAAAUUGCUUCGCAGCUCUAGCCAAUAUGUCUUCACAAUUCAACCAACUACAUCCUUAUGUUUGCCAAAGAAUGAUAAGUUUAUACGAAGUCUUAUCAAAGACAUUUUUGAGGUGUCCAAAUCAAGAUAUGAGUGCUAUUGAAGAAGCAUUACGUAUUGUUUUGGAAGUAAUAAACUCUUGUUUAUGUAAUCAACUAAUUCAUAACCCCAAUUUAGUUUAUGCUUUAUUAUAUCAACGUAAAGUAUUUGAGCCUUUAAAGAGCCAUGAAGCAUUCCAUGAUGUAAUUCAAAACAUUGAUAUGGUUAUUACAUUUUUUUCUGCCAAAUUAGAAAAAGAAGAAGAACUAUUAAAUUCAUCAGAUGUAACUUCAGUGUUAGCCAGAGUUCAACAUUGGUCUCUACAAUGGCCCAGAGAUCUUAUGAAGAAAUUUCCUGACCUCAAAUUCAAGUAUGUAGAAGAAGAAAAACCUGAAGAAUUUUUCAGUCCUUAUGUUUGGUCUUUAGUCAAUAUAUUAUCUAAUAUAAGCUUUGAGUCUACACUCUACAAGCUUAGUUAACUGACAUUAAUGUUCAAAUUUUAAGUUUCAGUUAUUA